GUUGGUUACCUUGGAAUCCGACUGUUGUGUGUAAAGACUGCUUCAGCAAAGAAGAACCCCACCGUAACGUCAAUUUGAACAUCUAUUACACGGUUAUUGAAAGUGUCCAUGGAUAAGAUUAUGUGUGGAGCUCCGGUGGAUUUAUCUUUCAGAAGUCUCAGCAGAUUGACAGAUGCUUGGACAGAGACUCCCCACAGCAGCCUUCGACCUUUAAAAAAAAAUUCAGAAAAUAAAUAUCUUAGCUGCUCCCUCCGUCUCAGUAACAACAGCAUCAUUGACCUGUGUGACCUCCAUCAAACAGUGAGCCACUUCCUGGCUGAACCCUCAAGUCUCGCCUGGCUGGACCUCUCCUUCAACAAACUCUCACAUAUAGAUAAGGUUUUGUGCGAGUUGCAUGGACUGCGUGUGUUAUAUCUUCAUGGAAACAACAUUUCUACUCUGUCAGAGGUGGACAGGUUGGGUGUGCUCCCCCAUCUUCACUCCAUCACUCUACAUGGAAACCCUAUAGAGACAAACAAGGCUUACAGGAAUCAUGUGAUUUCUGCGUUGCCGCAGUUAAAAACGAUGGACUUCAGUGCUGUGACACAGCAGGAGCGAGUCCUGGCAAAGCUGUGGCAUCAAAGCAACUCCCGCUGCAGAAGCAGCAAGAAGAGCCUUCACUGAAUGCCAGUGUGUGGAAAUCAUAACUCAAUUCAUAAGCUUCUCUGCAAGAAAACAGAUUUUUAAAUAGGCACAUUUGCCACCAGUAUUUGAACUAAAAUUAGUGUUGUAAAUAUUUUUUGUAAUUUAAUGUCACAAUUUGAGGUUUCUGUGCUGAAAAUAGAAAAAUAAAUAACUGAAAUUGUGUUUUUUGUUUGAGAACAUCACUGAAAGCUACUCGUUUCACAUUUUAGCCAGUAUUGACUUGCACUUUUUUAAAUUUAAUCAUGGCAUGGAAUAUGAGUUUAGCCAAUUAUGAAGUUUAAGUUCAAACGUCUCAGAACGUACAAGUGCAUCUCACCUGCAAGUUGAAUAAUGUUGAACAGUUAUGCUAUUUCAAUAAUCUUAAUGUAAACCUGAAAUAUUUAAUGGAUUUAUUACAUAGAGAGUGUUAUAUUUUUAAGUGUUUAUUUCUAAAAAAAAUAUAAUUAUUAGGGAUUACAAGUAAUGAAACCCCAACAUUCAGUUCCUCACAUAAUUAAGAGAUCAUGCAAGACCAAUAAAGAUAUAUUACAUAGAAAUAUUAUGUCUGACAAAAAUCAUCGGAAAGGCUGCCCACUUGACAGUUGUUCAUCAGGGAGUUAUUGAGCCUCUCCACAGGGAGGUUGAACACAAAGACCUAAGAAUCACCGCAAGUCAUUUACAGUUCAUGUUCUGGUACAAAACAAUCCAGAACGUGGACUAUAACUUUCCUAUUCCUGGUUUUAAACCGCUGCUGCACCAGAGACGUCAGAAAUAUCUUACACGGACUAAGAAGGAAAAGAAGUAAAUUUUUGCUUAGUGGACCAAUUUGCUUGACUGACAAGCAAAUUCUCCUGAUAUAAACUUACAAACAAUCCAGGAGGAAUUGUCUAAGAAACAAAACUUGGGGGUUUUAUUAGCCGUAGGCUAUAAUCCUCCAAUUCUAAAUCCUAAAAAUAUAUGAAUAUAUGUAUACAAUGUAAUAAUUACUUUUUGAAUGACUGAAAUAGAGCAACAUUUCAAUGUUAUGCUAUUAUAUGA